AGAUCAUGUCAAGUUGCCUGCAGAGCAAGUGCAGGGAGAGGUGUCGCCUGGCACUCGGAGGCCUCGUGGUGCUCAGCAAGGAUCCCUCGAUGGCCAAACCUCUACGCAGCGUGUCUCGAAGCCUUCUGAAGCUUCUGGGUGAUGCAGAUGGAGAGGUGGUCAGCAUGUCCCUCUCUCUGUUCAAGAAGAUGCUCCAGAAAAAACAUCUCCUGAUAUCUAGCAUUUCUGCCCCAAAGCUGGCUGAGGCACUCCUGCCACUCUUUGACAAUGACAACAGCCAAGUGCAGGUGCUCUCCAUUUACCUCUUCCGCAAGAUGAUGGAGUUGGUAGUGGAUGAGGGAAAAAAGCCCUUGAAGACAAUUGUGAACCAGAGCCUGCUCCCCCUCUUCUUGCACUGCCAUGAGGAGAACCAACACGUGGCAGAGGCCUCUCGGGAAACGCUGCAUUGUGCGGCCGGGUUCUUGGAGAAGACAGAUCUCCAGAGGGUGAUGAAGACGGAGCAGCCGUUGAAAAUUGAUGAGUGCCUGCCAUUUAAGUCCCAAGGAAAGACACUAGUCCAUCCCACUGUAACCUGGAUAUUCACAGCCGAUUUGCCAGAAGAGCUGAAGAAUUAGGUGCCUCUUCAGGAUCCGGUGAACCAGUUUCCCAAGAACAGCACCAGGAGACACUGAAGAGCAAACCAACUCCCACUGCCACUGGAGCUCCAGGCACAGCUGAUGACUGGCACAGCUGAGCCUGUGAGAAGCUCCCGUAGCUCCUGCCGUCACCCUGCCUGUUGACAGCUCCCUCCCUCCAGCCCUCAGACCCUGCCCAUUCCCUUUUCUUACCUCCCAGCUCAUCCCUUUGCUUCGCUUUUCAUUAAUAAA